CGCCAUCUUAAAUAUAACGACGUCAUACUAUCGUGCAACGAAAGAUUUUUAGGAACACGAAAGUCAAACGUGGCAGCAGUCCAUCUUUACAGAUAGUGAAUGUAUCAAAAAUUUAUUAAUCUAUCUUUAACAUAUUUGCUUUAUAUUUUCACCAGUGGUUUAAUGCUCCAAAGGCGGUCGGUUUGCCAAGCUGAAAGUGCACAAGACAUAUUCAAAGCCAGGCAUGAAUUUUGGAAGUGUAGAAUGCCAAUGAUAUCGUGAAAAUAAUAAACGUAGAGGCGCCAUUGCUACGCGCCAUCUGGAUAUCGUCAAGAAGAAGUUAUGGUAGUGAGAAAUUGGAAAAACUUUCGAAUAACGCUGUUACUUUUCGUAAGAUCGUGUAUCAAGAGGAGAAACUUAUAAUUUGAAACUGGUAUAACAUCCACUUGUAAAUAUAAAAGUACUUAUGAAUAUAAUUUAUAAUAGCAGACUGAUCACAAAUUCUUAACCUCAAUAUUUUAACUAAUUUAGAAUCUCUACAUUUGACAUAUAAGUGAAAUAAAGAAAUUUAUUUUUCUUUUAAUACGUUAGAUGAAUGAUCACAUUAUGAAUAAAAAUACCUGAUUUACAGGACGCACUGAUUACCGUAAAAACUUUUAUUUAAGGCCCGUAUAGGAGAAUAUUCGCAGUAAAAGGACUGGUAAAAAUUAUUAUCAAACGUACAAUUGAUUAUAAGAUUAAUAUCGUUCCUAUUAAUUCAUGUUUUAUUCGAAUCUUCGAUAAUUGUUGAUACAGCAUAUACAAAAAUAUCAUUUUUAAUAAAAAAGAAGCAUUGAGAGUAAUGUUAAAUAUCAUAUCUAAGAAUAUAUACAAUUUAUGUAUGAAGAUUUAAAAGAAUAUUCUACAAUUCGAGUAUUUAAGACUAUUAUGUCAAUGCAAAUAUGUGCUAAAGCAUUACAAUUUAUUUACAAGGAAUGCUGUUGUUUGAAUUGCAUAUGUUACUUUAAAAUGAAAAUAAUAAAAAAUGUAUUAAAAAAAUAAAUGUAUUCAUAAAAGGAUUUUCCAAAUUAAAUAAAGAUCAGCUAUAAAUAUGCAGAAUUCAAAGCUUAAUAGAGAUCAUGAUUAUGGAGAAUUAAUAUUAGAAAAUCAUAAAUACACAAAUAUCACCAAUCAAACGGAUAUGCUUGAAAAUAAUUUGUUAAAGACUGUUUUGAAGCCUAUAAGAACUGCUUCAACAAUAAAUAAAGAUACAUUUGGUGGACAAGUCAAAGAUAUAAAUGAAUUAAAAAAAAUAACACCUCGUGUAAAACUUUUGGCUCAUGAUGUAAAUAGUUUGAAGGAAUUAACAAAAAUUUCAUUGCAAAAUAAAUCGUUAAAACAAGAAAAAAUAUCAAUGUUUGAACAUACAAGGCAGGAGUUAAAAAAGUAUUGCAGAACUUGCGCUGGUUUAAAACUUCCAUUAGUUGAUAUUUUCAGUGAAAAAGGUAUUCAAAUGAGGCUAAGUCAACAGAUAAAACAUUUAGAAGAAAUAAAUCCACAUGAUAGUCUAUCCACUCAAAUGUGUAUGGAUUGCAUUUGCGAUUUGAAAAUGAGUUACAAGUUUUUUAUGCAAAUUAAAAAAGCUGAAGUUAAACUAAAAUCAAUUCAUGUUACAUUAACUGAUACAGUUGCACGCAAUAUAGAAGCAGAAAAAUUGCAAUCUUUAGCUAACAAUCAAAUUAAUCAAAAGCAAGUAGAGGAGACUUACGAUUGUACUAUGGUUCCUGCAUCAACAAGCACUGACAAUGAUGAAACUGUUCCAAAAAUAUCUGCAAUUUAUUCUUUAAAGGAUGUUCUAAACCCAACACCUGUAGAAAGAAGAGAAAAGGAAAAUCCUGAUGUAAUAUCUAAAACUGAGUCUGACAUUUUUGAAGAUGUUACAGGUGAACAUCAUAGUGAUGAUAACGAAUCCAUAGAAGAAUUUGAUCCAGAUGAUCCACCCUUUCAACCUGAUAGCUCUGAUGUUGCAGAAUCUGACGAUGAAAUUGAAACUAGCCACGUAGAUAGAAGACGAAAUACAAAUAAGAAGGAAAAUGUAAGUAAAGCAAAUAAUCAAUCUUUUGUGUCGCAUGAUUCAUCAGGUAAUAAUUUAACACAGAAUCAAGAUGAUACAAAUCAAGAUUCUAAUCAAACCGUCUAUAAAUAUGAUAUGGCAUUAAAGGCUUAUGUUAAAGUAGACACUGUGCAAGAUAAUAAAUUAAGUUCCAAAUUACAAAUUGGUCCCAAGGUUGAAAUUAAAGAUAACGAAUUUGGGAAAGAAACUCCAAAGCAACCAAAUAUAUUGAAGCGCAGGCUUUUACAGCAAACAAAAAAAGAAGGCUUGGGAAAUAAUGAAGAGUUAAAAUCUACUUCAACUGUAUCUGAUACUAAUGAAAGUCCAAAAGAUCCAAAAAUUCAAAAAUUAGAUAUACAAAACCCUUUAAACAUUAACGAUUCUCAAGAAGAUGGAAUUAUGUAUGUUACUGUAAAAGGUUCUAAACCAAAUGAGAUAUUAUUAGUAAAAGUUAAAAAGAUGGAUAAACCACUUGAAAAGAAAGAUGAUAAAAAUUCGAGUAAGGCAAAAGCUUUUGAUUUUAAACCAGUUGGCAAAAUUUUAAAAAAAUAUGAAACAUUAGCAACAAAGGAAAAGAAUUUGUUCACAGAACGUACAAAAAAACUGGAUAAGAGAGAACAGAUCAUAGAAGAACAAAUAGAAGAAUACAAGAAAAAACGUGAAAAAGUUUUAGGUAGUCAGUCGAGUUUAACAAUGAAAAAUGAAGAAACUCCAAAUCGAUUUAUUAAACGAGUCGAAAGUUCUGAUGAUCAAAAACCAGUUGUAUACGAAGAAAAUAAUUUAAAUAUAAAAGUAGAAUCCGAUGUAGAUAGUAGUACAAUGAAUAGUACUAUUCUCAAGGAAGAAAAUAAUAUUUCAGAUGUUUCUGAUUCUUUACAAGAUAAGUCAGUCCAAGAAAAAGCAUAUGUGAACACAAAGGAGUAUUUAUCGCGUUUGGCAAAACUUAAAUUAAAGUGGGAAGAAGCAAAGAAAAAGAAAGAAUACUUACAGAAAGAACUUGAUCAGUCUUAUACAGAAGGAAAUAUGGAAAAAUUAUCACGUAUUCUAGGAGAAAAAGAAAAGAAUUUGUUGGAGUUUCAAGAUUAUUUAAAGCAAAGAAAAAUCGUGAUUACCAGAUUAAAAGAUGAAGACAUCAUUUCGCUUUACGAAGAUAGAAAUAACACAUCUCUCCAAAAAAGUUUACCAGACUUGAUCGAUGAAACAACACCAGCAGAUUAUAUACCAGAGGAACAUUAUUUGGAGUGUGAUUAUUGUCCAGAAACAUUUGCUUCAAAAGAAGUUCUUGAAGAUCACUUAAAAACGCAUGAUUUCAAAAUUAUGCAUUAUUGCGAAGACUGUAUGGAAGAAUUUCCUACAAACAAAGCAAAAAGAAAUCAUAAUGUGGUAUGUUUUAAAAAAUUAUUAUGUAAAUAUUGCGACGUAAUGUUGGAUUCAAAGGGCAAAAAAAGACAGCACGAGCAGAAACAUUGCGAUAACAUGUUUGGCCAAUUAUGUGACAUUUGUGGCGAAAAAUUCAAACAUCAAGGAACGCUCGAUCAACAUGUUAAAACGCAACAUAUGAGCUGGGAAAAAAUUUAUCAAUGUCCAAAAUGUCCGAAAAAGUUUGCUUUCAAACAAAAAUUGAGCUUUCAUCUGAAAUCUGUACACACAACAUUGAGAGCUUAUUUAUGUGAAGAUUGUGGGGCAGACUUUAAAAAUCCUGCAAGUCUCAGACAUCACCGAAUUCGUAAACAUCAACCUGUAGGGAACAAAAGGGAAUGUCCAGUUUGUCAUAAACUAGUACCAUUUUAUAGUCUUUCAAAACAUAUGUAUACUCACAAAGCCUACACUAUACAAUGUCCGCAUUGCGAUAAAAUGUUUAAAAACAGUUCAACGUUGAAACAACAUGUAAGGAUACACGAAGAUCAACGACAAUAUCGUUGCGAUACUUGCGGCGUUGGAUUUAAUAGGAGGGAUGGAUUAAGGCUCCAUAUGAGAGUUCACGAAAAAACUGAUAGCAGAGGAUUGAAAGAAUGCUCAUGUCAAGUGUGUGGUGAGAAGUUUCCAAAUCAUUCUACACUUGUAAUACAUAGAAAUCGUGUACACAAAGAUGGAAGGCAAUAUACAUGCCAUAUAUGCAACAGAUCCAUGAUUUCAACGAGAUCAUUAGAAUGGCAUAUGUCUCAUAUACAUAACGAAUCACUACCUGGCAUUGUGAAAGAAGAUGUAGAUGGAUUACCAGAAAAGAGAAGAGUUGCUUGUUACCAUUGCAAUAAAACUUUCAAAACAGAGAUGAUUUUGAGAACGCAUAUAAAAAAUACUCAUAUGGAGAAAGAUCCUAUGAAGUGUUUGGAUUGUGAUAUGACAUUUACUUCUGAAGUUAGACUGAGGCAUCAUAUGAUGGUAACUCAUAAUAGGCUGGAAGGCACAUUACCGUGCCCUCAUUGUCCAAAAAGAUUUGUAAAUCAGCUUAGAUUAAAGACUCAUAUGAUAUCUCAUUCUGAAGAGAGGCCAUAUACAUGCGAAAUAUGUGGUUUCAAUUUAAAAACAAAAAUACAACUCAUCAAGCAUCAUCAAAAUAGACAUAGCGACGAAAGACCUUUACAGUGUAGAUACUGUCCUUGGAGGUGUAAGCAAGUGAGCGCGCUUGUUUGUCACGAAAGAACUCAUACGAACGAACGACCGUAUUCGUGUAGUGUUUGUAGACAACGUUUCAAGUAUUUGGGUGAUAAGAACAAACAUGAAAGACGUCAUGAAAGUUUAGGAGGAUCUGGAUUUAAAAGAAUAGUACCUGGCAGAAAUAUCAAGCAUUCGAAAGUUCAAGAGGAGACCUCCUGUUCUGAACAAGAACAGGAAGAACUGACACAUGUAGAUGCACAACUUACAGAAGGCCAAUAUGAAGAACAAUCAAGUCAACCGUUUGAAGAAAAGUUUGUGAAAGAGCAAAUCGUAAAAUUCGAAGAACCAGAAAUUACAGAGGAAUAUGAGCAGGUCUAUGAACAGGAUUACGAAGAAACGUCGAGGGAAGCUUCCGAAGCCGCAGAAGUUAUCAUGAACAUGGAGGAUACUACUGUGUACACAGAAGAAGUAACUGCAGACAACAUAGAAUCUGCAGAGAUAAUGGCAGAUGAAAUGAUUACAAAUGAGAUUUUACAGAGUGGGACUGUAGUACAUUUGCAACAACAAGAUGAUUCUGGAAAAAUUCAAGUUAUUCCUGUAAUGUUAUCUUUACCAGAUUUAUCUGACACAAAUACAGAAGUCAAUUUAGCGACUGCUUCUAUAAUGUAUAACAAUUAGAAAGAUUGACUAAACUAUUUGUGACUACAAGAAGAUGGUAUUUGUAAAGAAACACUUUGUGGUUCUAGAUAAAAUUGUAUUGUGCUUUCUGUCUACAAGAAAGUCACAUUCCUGUAAAAUAAAUUCAGGAUAUUUUCUAUAUAAA